AUGACCGCAGAAAAAGCAGAUUCCCUUCCGACACUUCCUGACCGCCGCAUCACUUCGUCUCGCCGGCUGACGAGUAUUCAACGCGACGCUGAGGCGUCCUUCCAGCAGCCGCCCAAUGCUCAACACUUAGGGACCUCGCGGUCAGCAACGUUACCCGCAUUGUCCAGCAGGACGGUCAGCAGCAACAGUUGUUCCUCAACCACUCACAGAGACUCAAGCAGCGAUAUUGAGAGCUUGCUGAGUGCUGAGAAUGACGAGCCAGUGACUUGCGGCGACAGCACCAGCGAGGUGUCCAUCUCCUGUUCCUCCACGGACGACACUGCUAGUGUGGGCCUUUCCAGCUCCAGCCCCGAAGGCAGUCAGGGUCUGGGUAGCAGCGGCUGGAGCCCAGAGGAGGGCGCCCUCCGGGAGGCCUCCGCCUCUACCGCAGACGGAGGAGCGGGUGUUGCCGGGGACGCCGAGGAGGAGGCCAAAGACAGAGUGACGGAGGUUCCACGACGCUCCUCUCUUGUGCGGGGCAGCCUGCGCUCCCUCUCGCCUCUUCGCCGACACAGCUGGGGACCUGGGAAGAACAAUGGAGGAGGACCUGCUAUGAACCAGAGAAGCUACAGCCUGGAAGGCCUGAGUGGUGGCCAAGAAGAGGCACGGCGCCCUGCCAGUCAAGGCCCCCGCAUCUUGGAACCUUCCAGAAUGCUCCGGCACGACGUUGAUGAGCGCGGCUCACUCGUGUCACUGACGGAGGAGCAAGAGGAAGCGGGACCACCGUGCGGCCUGGAAAAACAGCAGUCGAGACGCUAUCGUCCCUUGAGGAACAACUGCCCGCCAAUGACACUGCCGCUCACCAAGUCUGUAUCCAUGCUCGCCAUCAGCCACAGAGACAUUGAUGUGGUGGGACGCCUGCGGCGGAGGAGGCGGAUUUCCUUCUCCUUCAGCCUCUCCCCCAUCCUCACUAAAUCUAAGUCUCACUCCCUUUACGGUGACUCGUCCACUAGCGACGAUGACGAUAACUUCAGUAUGAGGUCCUUCUCCAGCACGUCUGGAUCACUUGCAUACAGCAUAUCGGAAGAAGAGCCCGGGUCACAGCGGAGCGAUGCAGAGGCAGGCAAGGGGGGGACCAAAGUCAGCCGCACUUUCAGCUACCUCAAGAACAAGAUGUACAAAAAGAACAGGGAAAAGGAGCGAGAUAAAAAGGAGAAGGAGGCCAAGGAGAAGGAGAAGAAGGCCAUCAACGGGCAUCACUUUGCCGCCACGGGCUCCGGCCAGGUGCCGACAAGCACACUCUGCUCCCAGUGCAAUAAGGCCCUCGGCGGCAAGGAGAUCUUCCAGUGCACGUACUGCAACUCCUGCGUGCACAAGGGCUGUAGAGAUGGCCUGGCUGUUUGCGCCAAGGUAAAGAUGAAGUUGCCCAGGCAGCAGUUUAGCACCGUGCCAGAUUCCAGCUCCUUCCCUGGCGUCACCAUGAGGAACAAAACCUGCGGGACCAGGGAACGCCCCUGGUCGGCCAUCUUGUCCCCGGAGGACCACGUAUCUCAGACGAUGCAGCCGUCACGCCGACACACUAGCCUCAUGCCUUUCCAUGGCAACAACCUGUCCAAAAGUCUCUCCAUUAGCAAUAUUGCCGGUCCGGUGUUUGAUGAGAUCCCCAUCAGGGGUCUGCGCUAUCUUUCCCAGUCCACCGACUCACUCAACAGGACCAAUGCGGUCACAGAGUCGAUGGAAUCACUCACCGAUGAAGGGACGGAAAUGAUGGACGGCCAGCUGAUGGGUGAGUUUGAGGGUGAGGCCAAGGAGAUGGAGGCCGACUCGUGGAGUUUAGGCGUGGAACAGCAGUAUCUCCAGCAGCUGGACCGCAACCUGGUCAAGAGGCAGGACGUCAUCUAUGAGCUGAUGCAGACAGAGAUCCACCACCUCCGCACGUUGCGCAUCAUGUCGGAGGUGUACAGUAAAGGUCUGCAAAAGGAAUUGCAGCUGGAGCCGCAGAUCCUAGAGCGGCUUUUCCCCGCCUUGGACGAGCUGCUUGAUUUCCACACGCAACUUCUCCUGCGGAUGUUGGAGAGGAAACGCGACAGCCUGCCAGAGGGCGGGCGCUCGGAGCAGGGCGUCGUCGUGCACAGGAUAGGGGAUAUCCUCCUCAGCCAGUUCUCGGGAUGCAACAGUGAAAGCAUGAAGAGUACCUACGGGAAAUUCUGCAGCCGUCACAACGAGGCCGUCAACCUGUACAAGGACCUUCUGACCAAAGACAAACGCUUCAAGGCCUUUAUCAAAAAAAAGAUGAGCAGCAGCAUUGUUCGGCGUCUCGGCAUCCCAGAAUGCAUCCUGCUGGUGACCCAGAGGAUAACCAAGUAUCCGGUGCUAAUACAGAGAAUCCUACAGCACACCACAGAGGGCGACGCCGACUACGACGACCUGUCUGAGUCAUUACGCCUGGUAAAAGAAGCCAUUGCUGGCGUGGACGGCCGCGUGAACGAACACGACAAAAAGCGGCGCCUAAAGGAUUUCCACAGCCGCACCGACAGCAAGUCCAUCAUGAUGAUGAAAAGCGGGCAGAUCUUCGCCCGCGAGGACCUUCUGCGGCGACGCCUCGUUCACGACGGAGCGCUGCAGCUCAAGAGCAACCAGGGACGCCUCAAAGACGUUCACGCGUUGCUCCUGUCGGACGUCCUGGUCUUCCUCCAAGAGAAGGACCAGAAAUACCUCUUUGCCAUGCUGGACCAGCGCUCGACGGUCAUCUCGCUGCAGAAGCUGAUUGUGCGUGAGGUGGCCAACGAGGAGCGUGGCCUUUUCCUCAUCACCGCAGGCAUCGAGAAACCGGAGAUGAUGGAAGUGCUGGCAAGCUCCAAGGAGGAACGCAACGCUUGGAUGCAGCUCAUUCAAGACGCAAUGCAAUCCAUGGAGCGGGACGAGGACGAAGGCAUUCCCAGUGAGACCGAAGACGACAAGCGACAACUGGAGAUCAAAGCCAAAGAGAUGAGAGAGCUGAUGAAGCAGAAGGAUUCUGAGAUCAUGUCCCUGCUGGAGGAGAAGGUGCGGCUCUUCCGGGGCAUGUGCGAGGGCUUCGGCCCCGUUGAGGAGCCCUGCCGGCAAACCGAGCCCUUCUUCAGGUCGUCCGGAGGGCCGGAGCCCCCCAGGGGGGCGCGCAUCAUGAAGGACGCUUUGCAGGAAGUGGAGACUCUGCAGACCCUUGUGAACAGCAGCCUGGGCGGGGCUAUGGCGGGCGUACAAGAUGGCGUAGGAGCGCCUGGAUCGGGAUGCCUGCCCCGACGGGCCGAGACAUUCGGCGGCUUUGACAGUCACCAGAUGCAGCUAAGUAAAAGUGGAGAUAAAGAUGAGAGCGAGGAGGCCACCAGAGACCUGCGGAGGACGGAGUCCGACAGCGUCCUAAAGAAGGGAGGAAACGCCAACCUGCUGCAGCUGCUCAAGAGAAACAGCGAGCAGGUGCUGCACAGUGUUUCCAAUCUGCACUUUCUGCUCAGCACACUGCAGGCGGUUGUGGUGCAGCAGGACAGCUUCAUAGAGGACCAGCGUCAGGCCCUGAGCGAGCGCUCGCCAUUGGCGUGCUCGUCGCGGCCGUCUUCGCGGCCCAGCUCGCUGAUCGAGCAGGAAAAGCAGCGCAGCCUGGAGAAGCAGCGGCAGGACCUGGCGGCACUGCAGAGACAGCAAGCAGCGCACGCUGACGAGCGGCGCCGACGUGAAAAGGAGUUUGAGCUCAGGGAGCGCCUGCUUGGUGACAGGGAGGCACUGCUGAACGUGCAGGAGGAGGAACUGUCCAAGCAGCAGCGGGCGCUGGACGACGAGAGGCGGGAGCUAGCCAGUCGGAAGGGGGACUACCAGAGGGACCUGGAGAGGCUACGUGACGCCCAGAGGAAGCUGGACAAGGACAGGGAAGCCCUGCAAAGACAACUCGACAAGAUGGACGAGCUGCGACGCGCUGAGGUGAACAAAAACAAAAGGACUCCCUCCACCGCCUCGGAUGAGUCCCAGUUAGCGGGAAGCUGCCAGUCUUUGGAUCUGGAAACCUUAGACGCGUUUUCGUCGUCGUCCUCAUCUUCAUCGUCGCAGCGCUGCAAAGCCAAGACUCGCGGCCUCAACCCGUUCAUGUCAUCGUCUUCCUCGUCGUCCUCGAGUGUCGUGAAGACGGGCGAGACCAACAAGCAGCUCUCCAAAAGCCUAUUGCAGCUGGCCAAGAACCGCGGAAAGGAAGGCAAAGACAAGCGCAAGAAGAAGGUGAAAGGACAGGCCGCAGACUCCCAGCAACUCCCUGAUGCUCCUCUAGAUGGAGAAAUCUUCUUCUGCUGA